AAGUGAUAAUAAAAAUACACGUGCAUUCUUCAUCUUGAUUUACUUCUUUUCAGAAAUCAUUCAUCGGAAUUCAGAUCGUACCAUUCUAAGGACCAUUCGCAUAUUAAUGGAAAAUGAGCUAACAACGCUAACCGCGUUGGAAAUGCUGGAAUGUUCGGAUAUUCAGCGUAUUUGCGGAAGAAGAAUCCUUCGUUCGUAAUGUAACCUACGAAGUAAUAGAAAAAAGUCGCGUAUUUGUUUCGUCGUCUAUUUUAGCUCGUAUGUUGGUGAAUUCGAAUUUUCGCAACGACCCAGAUUUGCAUUUCGUUAUGCUAAUGGACGAAGAUAUUUCGAAGAAGACUCAGACCCAAGCCACACAGCACGUACCUCAAGCUUUGAAGGAUGCUGUGUUGGUGCAAAGUGCGCGUUUACCUGCUUAUACGCCUGUAGUUAGAGGAUACGAAUGGAACGAAGGAGUAGACUAUGCGAAUUUACUCAAGUCUUUCGAACGAUGCGGAUUACAAGCUACCAAUUUUGGAUUAGCUGUGAAAGAGAUCAACGAUAUGAUUUUCUGCAGAAACAAGGACGACGUUGAAUCGGACUACGCUGAUUUCGAAGAAGACGAAUUCAUCCGGCCGAAAUCGAAUCUGACCAUUUUCUUGGGUUACACUUCGAAUAUGGUGACUUCGGGUACCAGAGAAACCAUUCGGUUCUUGGUUGAACAUAAUAUGGUCGAUUGCAUCGUCACCACCGCUGGCGGAAUCGAAGAAGAUCUGAUCAAGUGCCUUGCCCCGACGUACGUGGGCAGUUUUCACGUCGAUGAUAGAAAGCUAAGGGAUGAAGGAAUCAAUAGAGCUGGAAAUCUACUCAUACCGAAUGAAAACUACUGUUUGUUUGAGAAUUGGGUCACGCCUAUUUUAGAUAAAAUGGUCGAAGAGCAGAAAACGAAGAAAAUAUUAUGGACUCCUUCGAAACUAAUUACUCGAUUGGGUGAAGAAAUCAAUAACGAAGAAUCCAUCUACUAUUGGGCAGCUGUGAAUAAAAUUCCUGUAUUUUGUCCCGCGUUGACUGAUGGAAGUUUGGGCGAUAUGAUGUAUUUUCACUCAUUCCGUAACCCUGGUUUGAUUCUGGAUAUUGUUCAAGAUUUAAGACGUUUGAAUACGAUAGCAGUUAGAGCCAAACACACCGGAAUGAUUAUUUUAGGAGGUGGAGUUAUGAAGCACCAUAUCUGUAACGCUAAUCUCAUGCGCAAUGGAGCAGAUUUUGCGGUCUAUGUGAACACAGCUGCAGAGUACGAUGGAAGUGACAGCGGUGCUAGACCGGAAGAAGCAAUUUCAUGGGGUAAAAUAAGAAAAGAGGCCUCUCCUGUCAAAGUAUACGGUGACGCUAGUCUGAUUUUUCCGCUAUUGGUAGCGGAAACAUUUGCCAAGUUCCAUUUUUCCAAGAAAGAUCAUAAAUUUAAGAAGAAUUAUUAAAAAGUCGUGAAUACCAUAAUUAUUUUACUGCCACAUUUUAUUUCGACGAGUUUAGUUUUCAAAGCGUAUAUCUAUUGAAUAAUUUAAUCCAUAUUCAGUGCAAAAAAAAAACAUUAUCGUAAACGUACGUAGGUAAAUAUUUUUGUUAUCAAUCGUUUCUCUCGAAUUGUUUCUCAAGUUUAUACCAAUUUCUUAAAUAAAUUAUCUAUUUAUGAGUUA